GCGGGCGCUGCUAAUUCCAUUGUGGAGCGGACGCGGCGAUAUUUGUAACUGGCGGCGGCGGCGGGAGCCGUAAGUGCAGCCGGGCCGGGGCCGCCGCGGGCGCGGGGCGGGAGGCGGCGAUGCGCCCGGGCGGCGGCUGCCGGGCCGCCGAGGGAGCCGCCCGCUGAGCCGGCGCGGUCCGGCUGGCUGGCGGGCGGGCGGGCGGCGGGUCCCGCAGCCCCUCUGGGCCGCGCCUCCUCUCCGGCCCGCCUUCCCGGGGGAUGAAACUCGGCAGCGGCUUCCUCGGCGGCGGCAAGAGGGCGGCGGCCAUGGAGCCAACGUUCCCCCCCGGCAUGGUGAUGUUCAACCACCGGCUGCCCCCGGUCACCAGCUUCGCCCGGGCGGCCGCGCCCCCCGCGGCGGCCCAGCACCCCCCGCAGUGCGUGUUACCUCCGGCCGCCGCCGCCGCUUCCUCCACGGCGGGCGAGCCCCCGGCGCCUCCGCCCCCGCAGGACGUGACUUUCAAGAAGGAGCCGGCGGGGGCUUUCCCCUCCGCGCCCUCCUCGCAGAGGAGCCCCUGGGGCUUCCUGCAGUCCCUGGUGAGCAUCAAGCAGGAGAAGCCCAGCGAGCAGGAGGAGGAGCAGCAGUCGCAGCACCAUCACCACUACGGGGGGCUUUUCGGGGGAGCGGCGGAGGAGAGACCCCCCGGCCUGGGCAGCGGCGAAGGAAGCGGCCAGAGCGUGAUCCAGGACCUCAGCCUUCUUCACCACCUGCACCAGCAUCCCCACCGAGACCUGCUGCUGACUGGCAGAGGCGAGGGCGCUCCAGGCAGCGCGGGUGAGCCAAAGCACGACGCCCAGGUCAAGAAGGCAAAGAGGCCAAAGCCAGAAACUCAGGGAAUCAAAGCCAAGCGGAAGCCGAGCGCUUCAUCCAAACCCCCCCUGGUGGGAGAUGGGGAAGGUGCCGUGGCGUCCCCCAGCCAGAAACCUCACGUCUGCGAGCACUGCAGUGCUGCCUUCAGGAGCUCCUAUCACUUGCGCAGGCACGUGCUCAUCCACACCGGGGAGAGGCCUUUCCAGUGCAGCCAGUGCAGCAUGGGCUUCAUCCAGAAGUACUUGCUGCAGAGACACGAGAAGAUCCACAGUAGGGAGAAGCCUUUUGGGUGUGACCAGUGUAGUAUGAAGUUCAUCCAGAAGUACCACAUGGAAAGACACAAGAGGACACAUAGUGGAGAAAAGCCAUACAAAUGUGACACUUGUCAGCAGUAUUUUUCAAGGACUGAUAGACUGUUAAAGCACAGAAGAACGUGUGGUGAAGCCAUAGGUAAAGCAGGGGCUGGAAUGGAGCCCGGAUCAUCAAAUAGCAUGGGUAGCUUGGCUGCGUUGUCUCAGGGAAAUACAAGUUCCUCAAGGAGAAAAAGUAAAACAAAAAAUACGUCCACUGAAAACAAAGGAAGCAAGUGUAGCAGCAAAAUCGCUGAAUCUCAAGUUACAAGUAAUGUGGCCAUGCCAAGUUAUGCAGUUGAUAUUCCUAUUGUGUCUUCCAGUGGUGGUCUAGUUGGCACAGGCGUAGAUGAACUUCAGAAAAAGGUGCCAAAAUUGGUCUUGAAAAAAGCGAGCAGAAAACAAGGAGACAAAAAUUACCUUAAUUUUGUAUCACCACUGCCAGAUAUUUUGGGGCAAAAACCACUGUCUGGGAAACAGAGUGGCUCUCUAGGCCUAGUAGCCAAUACCAGUGUAGACUCUAUUGGCCUUCUCCAAAGUACAGGUGGUAAACCGGGUCAAAUAAGUAGCAAUUAUGAUGAUGCCAUGCAGUUUUCAAAGAAAAGAAGAUACCUACAAACUGCAAGCAGUAACAGUGCCUUUUCACUUAAUGUCGGACACAUGACUUCCCAGCAGUCCGUCAUCCAGUCUCCGGGUGUUAGUGUUAUGGAUAACGAAGCUCCUCUGUCUCUUAUCGAUUCAGCGUCUUUAAAUAAUGAAAUCAAGUCUUGCCACGACAAGUCUGGUAUUCCUGAUGAAGUCUUACAGAGCCUUUUGGACCAGUACUCUCACAAAUCGGAAGGCCAGAAAGAAGAUCCUUUCAGUAUAACUGAACAGCGUGUGGACUUGCACACCUCAGGAGAACAUUCAGACAUGGUUCAGGAAGAAAACUUGAGCCCCAACUCUCAAACAGUUUCAAAUGAUAAGGCAAGCAUGUUGCAAGAAUACUCAAAAUACCUCCAACAAGCCUUUGAAAGAACAACCAACAGCACUGGUUUUGCUUUUGGGCCCAGUUUCCAGUUUGUUAGCUUGUCUUCAACUCUCCAUAACCACAGUCUGUUUCCAGACAAGCAGAUAUACACUACAUCUCCACUUGAGUGUGGCUUCAGCCAAUCCGUUACCUCAGUAUUGCCAACUGCGUUGCCAAAACCUCCAUUUGGGAUGUUGCUUGGCUCUCAGCCAGGCUUUUAUUUGUCUGCUUUGGAGGCUUCGCAUCAACAGUUGACUCCUUCUCAAGAGCUGGAUGAUCUCAUCGAUCCGCAGAAAAACUUAGAGACUUCAUCGAACUACCAGUCAACAUCUCAGAAACUGACUGGCCAGAAGGAACAGAAAAACUUAGAAUCCUCAACGAGCUUUCAGAUCCCAUCUCAGGAGUUAACCAGCCAGAUAGAUCCUCAGAAGGACAUAGAGCCUAGAGCAACCUACCAGAUCGAGAACUUUGCACAAGCGUUUGGUUCUCAGUUCAAGUCGGGCAGCAGGGUGCCAAUGACUUUUAUCUCUAACUCUAAUGGAGAAGUGGACCAUAGAGUAAGGACUUCAGUGUCAGAUUUCUCAGGGUAUACAAAUAUGAUGUCUGAUGUAAGUGAGCCAUGUAGUACACGAGUAAAAACCCCAACCAGCCAGAGUUACAGGUAAGGUCCUCACUGUGACCAGGCUGUGGGGUCUUCUUAAUGUAAUUUGUUUUACUUUGACAACACUGCCAUUGGAAUGUUUCUACACGGUCCUUUUAAGAAUAAUGUAACAUGCCCUUUCAAUGCAACUUUUCAUAUUUAGUUUAUUUUAUUAGUGUGAUUUUUUUAGCUCUGUUUAUUAUGGUUUUUAAUCAAAAAUCAAUAGUUUUAAAAUAGCGUUUUUGUUCAAGUGACAAUGUUUAGCAAUCAAAUUUACAUUAUGUAGAUUGUCAGGGAAUAGCCCAAGAUUUUAAAAUGCAAAAAAUUAACUUUGUUCCUAGGACUAAAGUUUAUUCUAAUUGCUUUACUCUCAGGAAAGUGUAAUGAAGCAUGGGAAUUCUAUGCACCGCAAGUGUAUUGGAACUUCCGAUUUACAGAUGAUGACAAAUAUAUCUCAGCUUUUUGAGGAAGGGAUCUUUGACAUUUCAAAUUGCUGUCUCUUACGUCAGCUGAUCUGAAAGAAUUUUGCUACCUAAAUCUUGUUGUUUUUAAAGUACUCCUGUUCUUCCAGGUGACGCUCAUUCCAGGCAGGUGGAGCAAAUAUUCUCGGGUCUGCACGAUGAGCCCGGCACGGUAGCUUUAAUCUGAACAGUAAUGUCCCCAGAACUUCUGUGUAAGACUGUAAUUCCGUAAAGAGAUUCUGUUGACACAAACCGUGAGAACAAGAUGUGUGCAGCUGGUUCAUGUCAUUAGAACCCCAACUUGAAACUACAGUCCUAAUCCAGAGAGGGUUUUGGGAUACGUUAUUUGUUACACACGGUUCAAAAAAGUCCAUCCCCUGCUCUUCCCCUUUGCACAUUCUUUUAGUGUAAAGGGUUCCCUCUAUUUUAUUGUGUUCCUGGUUCCUCUGGACUUGAUCUUGUCUGCCUGCCCCCCCACCCACCUCCCCUUCCCCAUCCCCUCUUUUUUCCCCCCUUUCCCCUACUCUCUCUCAUCCCAAUGUAAUAGCUAGCAUUUAAAAAGAUUUACAUUCCAGAAAGUGCAUAUCUCACGAUGUGCUUUCUGAUGUCUUACGACAUCAGGUGAUGAACAAUGAACACCCACCUGCUUUAGAACUAUGUCGAGGUUUCCACGUACGAUAAGAAAUAAUCUACUCCCAACUGUACAUAGUGAGGCCCCUGUCCUGCAUCAGGAUCAGCUACCACAGAGCCCUGUGCCCAGCAGUGUCCCGGUGGUGUCACUGGAGCUCUUUACGGAGAGAGGGCCUUGCAGCAGUUCAUCAUGGCAGGCUUUUAGGGCCUAAGGCUGCAAUUCCAUCAAAGGAUUCUGGUGAUGGCAUCAACUACAAAAGUAGAACUUGAGUGGCUUGUUCAUAUCAACAGAACUUUUCUUUGGAAUUAUUGCCUUACUUUAUGUAUAUUUUGUGGUACAUUAUUUAUUAUAUGUGAAUCCUGAUGAAUGCCUGUGGAGCCAUGGAAACCUGCUAGAAAUACUGGUGGCCAUUCAAAGCUGCUGAAACGCAGUGGCACUGCUCUAAACCACUUUUUGCAAAUGAAUUUUUUGAUUAGUUUUUUAAUGUAAUUUUGGUGAUGUUUAUGAUGAUGGUUUUUUAUGUACUCUUGGUGAUGUUUCAGUCUUAUGUACUUUUCUGUUGUCAGGAAGGUACCAGUGGUUGUUUGCAGUCUUAUUGUGUAAUCAGCCUAUUACAGGCUUCCAUGUAUAAUAAAGUUAUUAACAUUGUGCAAGUGUAAAACACUUCUGUUAUGAAAGUGGUGUAUUAUUAAAGGAAUUGUUACAAAAAUCCUGGGUAAUUUCUCCUGUUGUCCCUCACCACUAUGAAUAGAAACCUGAGCCCAUUUGUGAUUUCUUUUGCUAGUAAACUUUUUUCCCUCCCCUCACUAACCUAGAGUUUGUUCUCAUAGAAUCUGUGUAACUCCAUUAACUUUUUAUUUAUACUUGAAUCUGUAUUUCACGCUAUUUCAGUUUAAAUAAUCAACAGCUGUUCUCUAAACACAGAACCCAGCCUGUUAUCAGGGAUGGAUUAGUCAGUGACCACUGUGUUGGCUUUUUUUAGUACCUUUUCUUUUGUUUUACAGAGGUUAUAAUUUACAUUCUUUAUAUUGUGUGUAGUAGAAGUUGCAUAUGUAUUGUUCUGGCUGUUUGCUUUAACUUAAUAAAACCCAUUAUUCACAAAAUCAUAAAGGCAUCACUUCUAUUAUCCAAUCAUGCUUUUGAGGACUUAGUAAGGUAACAGGAGAUUAAAUUUUGAGAAGGAAUUUACUGGAAGGUUUUUGGUUUGUUUUCUUCAGUUUCCUUUUGAGUUAAAUAAUCAAAAUGUGCUAUUUUAGACAUCAGGAGUCUAAUUCAUACCUUUAACUUAGCAAAACUUAACUUAAAUUUCCUGAAGUUAAAAUGUUUAUACAGCCUCAUCUUUUCAAAUCUGUAAUUUUAGUAAAAAAAUAUAUAUAAUAUUGUUAACUGCAAAGACCUCUUAUAAUUGCUGAAAGUUCAGAAUGACAAAUACAUAAUAUAGUAACUUAUUUCAAGGUAAAGAUUGUAUAAUCUCCUGUAUCUGCUUUUUGGGGGUUUAUUUGGUUGUAAUUUCCCCCUCACCCUCCUGUUAAUUCCUGCAUUAUAAUGAAAGUCAUGUAAAGGUAGUACUAUAGCAGAAUACUUUAAAAGCAUUUUAGGUAAUCUGAAGGUAGGUUGUGAAUUUACUUAGCCUGUAUUUUUCUUCAACUUUGCAUGUGUGUUUGAAUCAAGGCAGUGUCGUGGAUGAGAAAAAUCCUUGGCAUGUUAAAAAACAAGCACAAAGACCUUACAAAACGUAAACAUGGAAUAUGCUCAAUGUCUAACAUUCAGAAUGUUGCUAGGAAUCAUUUAAAAGUAGUAUGGCAAAAUGUAAUGGGAUUUUAUGAGCUCUUUGCACAACUUAGACAUUCAAACAUGUUUCUAACUAGAGCAGAAUGAAACAUUUUUCCUCUAAUAUGGAGAUAAAAUUUUAUUGCAGUGAAGGUAGGGGUAUGUUAAAAUUGCAUGGAAAUCAGGCUGUGGCUUUACCUGGUACAUAUUUGAAAACUGCAUAGUGGCAGUUAACCCAUGUGAACUUUAUUUAGGGAUGUGUCAGUGAGAGAGGGAAAAGGGAAAGCAAAAUGGCUCUUGGAUUCUUUUCCACUUUAUUUCAAGGUUUAGUCUGUUGUUUUUAAAGGAGUUACAGGAGGGCAAUGAUAACCUGCUGCCUACCAAUAACAGGACUGUCAGGAUAAUUCAUAGAUGUAAUGAUAGAAAAUGGUGCAUAAACUGUUACACUUCCUCUUAGGGUAGUUCACAUGACAUUAUUGCCUUGGAACCUCGUGCACUACGAUACCUUGGACUGUGAUUGCACCUCUGUGUCCCAAGCCACUGAAAGUGCAUGUCUGACCUGCCUGCAUAUGAUCUAGAAGAGCUACCUAAAAUUUGCUGUAGUUCCUGAAUCACUUCAAAUGCAUACAGACUUGUGGGAGAAAUACUAGAGUAAGAAACUGAAAUGAAAGGAGAAUGAAAAAAAAGUGAAAACGGAAUGGUGUGAUGGAUAUGUAAUUUCAGGUGUAUGGACUACUGAUGAAGAAAAGUUGCCUCAUGGAGACCUUGAGAAGCUACUGGAAUAAUUCAAUGUAUUCUAUUAGUGUUUCUUUUGUUGUUUCAAUUGUUUGGUCUUCCCCUCACCCCCAGCAUUAUAUGCUUGAUAACAGUGUAUUUGUCUGAAUGAUGCUGCUGCUGGUUUUUUUCCCCACCAACCAGAAAUCAGUCUUGUUCAUGGGAGGCUGCUGUUGUGGCUGUGGAAAUGUUUGUAACACCCGGGAAGAUACAUGUGAGAACGUGUAAGUUACCAGCCUGAUGUUCUAGUGGUUGAAGAGAAUCAGGUCACUUUAAAAUCAAAGAUCCUGUGUACAGCCCCUGCUGACUACAAGCUUUAAACAUUUGAGCUGUAAUUUUCCAGUCUGUCUGUCUCAUGCUCUAUGCACUAUCUUUCUCUGGGAAACUUCUGCAAAAAUUGCCCAUGUAUUUCCUAAAAUUAGAUUAAGGAAGAAAACUUUCAUGUUCCACUGGUGUUUUCAUCCCAUGCUUCUUCAAAACCAAAUCAGUAUCAUGCUCCUCCAGCUACGACUUUAUACUGUGUUGAUGGAUGUCCUUUGUUGAAUCACUGCUUGUGAAACCUGAUGAGUUUCUGGAAAAUGCUUUUAUGUUCAGAAAUGUGAAGGUUUGGUCGCUGUAUCUCCAAAGAUGAUCCGUCCAGGACAAUGCAUCAGGCUGUUUCAGUCAUUUGGUAUGUUAGCCCAUGUGGCAAACUUUUCUAAUGUGUGUUGUCAGACUAGAAUCUUUUCUUGCUGCUUAUAUAAACUGCAGUAUUCACUUUUAAUGUUCUUCUCAGGUGAUUUUUGUGCAAUUUUUUUUGUUUGUACAAACACCUAGGAAAAUGAGGUUCACUAUUGUGCACAUCAUUUGAAAGAGGAUGCUUAGCAAAUGAACAACUCUCAUAAACUUUUAAUCUGUGUUGUUUGAAACACUUUUCUUGCACAGCCUUAUCCUGCAGAGUUCUGCUUCAUGCUCUGAGUGUCCUCCUGCUCGAUGUGGAUACAAACAGCAAGGCAGUGUUGCUUGGAAGAAACUCUUUGUCACCAGUCUGUUGUACAUUCGAGAUGGGAUGAAUUGAGGAAUCAACAGAAGAUUUGGCUCUGGCUUUUUUUUAACUUAUAGUGCUUCAUAAUCUUUACAGUAAUGUGAAUUUUUAUAUAUAAUGUACUGCUUUAUUUUCAUGUUGAUCCUUUUCAAUAUGUUGAUUAUAUUAAUUGGAUAAUGAGUCUGGUAAUCUGAAACCCAAGGUUCUCCUUAGUAAUGAGAUGCUGCCACACUAGAAAGCUGUCUGUGUACUUGGUGACCUGGCCUGAAAUUUGCGAAAAUACUGUGUAGGCAGAUUAAAAUUAAGAAAGAAUUAAGAACUGAUUUAAGAAUAUUUUUUAUUAUUAUUUUAAUACACUGUCUUACAUGAAAUGUAUCUUAAAUAGUCUCUUACUUAGUGCUACAGUUAGCAAAACAUUCUAUGAGCUAAUGAGGCAUGUAGUGGUCAUUAUGCAGGAUCUGCAACAAGCAGAUAUCUGCAAUUUACAGAUACUCUGUAGUAGCUCAUGUGCCACCUUUGAUGCUAAAAUCUGCUUAAUCUAAAACUAGGUUAUUACCCUUCAGAAUAUUCCUGUGUCUUGUUCAGAAGGAUUCUUUACUUUGUGCUGUUGGCAAAAGAUUUCAUUUUCAUUUUUAUCUCAAAGGUUAAAAGGCUGGUUGUUUUUUCAUCCCAGAUUUCUCCUUAAAGUGUGUACUUCUCUCUGUGCAUGUACUCUGUUCCCAGUGGAUAGGCUGGAGUCUUGACUGGGAUAUGAUGUGUGGGUGCUGGCCAGAAAUUAUAUUGAGGAUGGAUCAGGCUGCUGAAAUAUUCUGAAUAUGUUUUUUUCUGAAGGGGGGAACAAUACCUCACAGGUGGGAAUGUUUCCAGAUGGUAAUGUAUUAUGAGAUGAGUGGGAAUAAGAUUGGGCUGAGACCUGCGUAGAGUAGAAUUUACAAAGAAAUCCAUGUGCAAUUCAAUGAGUGACAAGGUUUAGAAUCACUUUAAUUUGCUUUCCAGUAAUGAGGAAAUAUAUAGAUGUGUAAUAAAACAUCUUGCAUGAUUUUCUGAGGUGCUUUAAAUUCUAGUGGGUGAAAUAUAUCAAUGGAUCUUCUUACCUCUUAAAGAAAAUGAUCUCUAGAAUGAAAAAUACAUUCUCUUGGAAGCUGCUUGGUAAUUCUGGAAAAUGAGACUAAUAAGGAGUAGCUUCUUCAGCCGCAGAGGGCAUUCACGUUGUGUUAGCUCUCUGCUUGGAAUUCGGUCAGGCUGGUGGUCACACAUUUACUCGUGGCAGCUCCUGGCCCCACGCUCUCUGCAGGGGCAGAAGGCACUCCCAGGGGCUUGGCAGAGGAUGGGGCCUGCCUUGUGCAGCUGGGCUCGGGCCAGGGGCUGGGAAGUGGGAGAGGCAGCACAGGCAGCUCUGCUUCUCACAGCGCUGAGGGGCUCUGGGAGGCUGCUCUGUCCAAGUACUGAGUCACUUUGUGACACUGAAAUGCACAGAACUCUGCCAAAACUCUGCUAGCCCAGGUUGGGCCAGAGGGUUGAAUGACCCCAGGUGUUACUCAGCAGUGAUCAGUGGAGAUGUGACACUAAAACUAUUAACCUGUUUAACUUAAGAAAUCUGUGAAAGGUAGCUCAAAUUAUAUCAGGUUCAUGUACUUGGUCCAUCAAGCCUUACAACUGAACAUUUACACUUGGUAAUCUUAGUGUAGAGUUAAGUCUGUAUGAAAUGUGUGGGUGAUUAAAAAAUUUACUUCAGGAGUAUUCUUAAUUAAAACUUCUUUCCAGUCAUUUCAUAUUAGUCUGGGGACAUGAGAGUUAAACACAAACUUUUUGUGUUCUUGGAACUUGGAGUUUUGGAGAGAAGGCAAUUUUUGUGCAGAGAUACUGAAUUUGAUUAUUUAUUUUGGAGACACUUUAGAGUAAAAGUAUUUUCAUAUUUUGUUUUAUGUGGUUGUAGAAAUCAUACUUCACACACGUUAUCUUAAGAGUGGAUGGCAAAAGUAGUAAGACUGAUGAAAUUAUUAGUUUUUAUAAUUUUUAACACCAUAUUCUGAUGCUUACGUGUUUUGUUCUUCUCACAAUGAAGCUAAAUUAAAAUCUCUGAGAAAGAAGUCCCUCUAAUAUAGCAUAAUGAAGUCUUUAAAUGGGUACAGUUGUAGGUCAUUGUGAAUAGGAAUGCAGUGACCUUUGUCUUGACAAUGAAGCUGACACAAGCUUCUCAGAGCUGUUCUUUUUUUUAUUAUUUCUCCGCCAGAAAGGACACAAAUAAAACAGAGGAUCCCCCUUCUCCCAUCAGUGAACAAAAUCAAAAGACUAGAAAAUGUGUUGUAACUUGUCAGUUUGCAAAAUCUAGGAAUAACACUGACUUCUUUCUCAAUAUAGACACUGCUGCUGGAACAAUUUGUGGCAAGGAAUUGGGAAAGGAAGGAAAGUCUGCUUGACUGCCCAUAUGACUGCUAAAGGGCCUUCCAGUUUCUUAAGGUACUUUCUAAUAGCCUGUUUUGACUUCGGGAUACACAGCAGCACGGCAUUCAAAAUUAUUAUUUGUGCCUACUUACAGUUUAGUAUCUAGUAAAAUCACAAAUCUUCCUGUCACUCAUUUUACACUCACUUUUGCAGUACAGUGCAGGCAUUGCAAUGCACUGUGUUGGAAUCCAGCAAGGCUUGAAUUUCUUGGUGGCCCAUGUAAGAAAUGAAGCACAUAAAUGUGGCUGUUUCCUAUGGGGAGAUGCCAUUGCUCUGUCCAACUUCAGCAGGGGCUUGUGAAUUGCAGUGCUCAGCAGUUUUCUUUAACCACAGAGAAUCAUCAGUCAUUCUUAAAUAAUGGCACUACCUGCUACUUCAGGACUUUCUCAAGGCUUCAGCAACGUUGAUCUGAAUUGUGCUGCCUCUUGUAGAGGAGAGGCCUGUGUAGCAGAGCAAACCCUAAUGUGUGCAGUCAAGGUAACAAAUGGAGAUUUGUUCCUUUUGUAAGAAGUCAUAUCUACAGGGCUGGUUCUCUAUGAUCAGAUAAUGAUUUUCUUUAUUUUUAGCCAAGGACUAAAACUACAUGUUUUUUUUGAAGAGAAGCUUGUUUACUCAGUGAUGAUGAAUGAUAUUCCCAUAAGGCCACAGCCUGGGUGAGUACCUGGAACAGGUAUUUUUAUUGGGAAUGUCCCUCUCUCAGGAUAUGCUUCAUCACAAGGAGAAAAAGAAAGAAAAUAAAAGUUUAGAGUAUGCACAUGUUAUAUCAGAGCUGUGUAAACUGAAAGAGUGAAACAGCAGUUAACAUACAAUAUUACAAGUUUUUAAAACCUAUUUCAGGAAAACAAUACACUGAUACCCUGUAAAUGGAUCUAGUGGACAGUGAGAAGUGACUUCAAUAGAUGAAAAUUAAAAGGAUUGCCCAAAGGAAUCAAACAUUCAUGGAUAUGGCAAGUAGCUGUGUGGUGGAGCAUAAGGAAACAUAAAGUAGGAUCAUGCCGUAUCUGCAAUCCUGAAUUACGUGGCACUUUGGUAGGAGGUGAUGAUUUGGUUAAAUUGCAGACUGUCUUAAUCGCUUCUGAGGGGCGUCAUAUCCAGUGUGAGGAUUUUUUGGAAAGCAGGUGCAUGCUGACACAGAAGUGACUCUGGAGACAGAGGACAGAGCAGUGCAGCCUCACCUCUUCCUGGGGCAGCAGCUUCUCUCCAUCUGGGGCCAUCCUUCCUCCCUGGUCCAGCUUACUGCAGUGUGCUCCUGACAAGCAGGAGAGCCAUGAGGGCCUUGCUCCUUCUCUGAAUCAAGUCUCUGACAUGGUUAAGAGUGCUGCCAUGAUGGAUUGCCUUGACCAGUCGAGUGCUGUGUGCCCCUGUGCCAGCAAGUGGCUAUAGGGAAGCUGGGAAGAAUUAUAAAAAGCUAGCACAUUGCAACAAUGGAAGAGAAGGUUCGGAAGUUACCUACACAUUGGAAGGGGGGUGUAUUGUUGUCUCGUAGCAGAAAUCCAGCUGGAUGAGUUGAGUUGUCCCAUUGAUUUAGUACCAGAUUAAGGCAUUAGAGAAGAACAAAUUCAAUCCCUACCCUUUUACAGAACUAUUUUCCUUUCUGACAACAGCAUGUGACCAUAAGAGAUGAAGUGACUCCUUAUAGACAUCAUUAUCUGGAAUCUAAUGGAAGGGACCUGAUCCAUGUCUCUGUCAGGAAAGGGGUCAAGCUUUGUGCCCGGUGUAGAUGAGCCUUUUGGAGCCAGAUUGUCAAUCCAAGCGCAAGCUGCUCCGUUUCCUGUUUAUGCCUGUGCAGAGUUACACAUCCUGACUCGCUUGCCUUCAGCUGCAGGUUUUUCCGCACUCCCUAGGAGAUUUCUUCCUUAAAAUGGCUGGCAGCUGCUGACACUGAUGUGCUGUGCUAACGCAAGGGGAGCAGUUGGGCUGUGCAGUGUUUUUGCUUCCAGUGAGUGCCCCUGUUGUCUCCUUGGAGGAGCUGCUCCAUGCUGAACUAAACAUUACUGAGACACCAUUGGUGCUGCUCUGCAGGAUGUUCUCAGGACUCUGGCACACCAGGUUUCUUCAUGUUGGCAAUCAGCAGAGUUAAAUAUACAACGAUCAUUCUGUCCUUUUUUUUCAUGACACUGGUGAUGGUAUCCACUUGCUCUGCAGUGGGAAGAGAGACACGGGGAAAGAAGGUGGAUUCCUCUCCUUGUGCAACAGUGGAAGAACCAACAUCCUUAUGACUUGCACAUGAAGCAUACGUGAUAUGUGGUCAUUGAAACACAAUAAAACAAGAUCCUGCCAGGCCUCUAUGGAAGAGUUGCUCACAGAUCCUGUCCCAAAUUCCACAGCCAGCUACACCCUUAAAGACAAAGUCCAGCAUUUCUCACUGCAGCUUGGGAGGGAAAAAUAUAUCCAGGAAAAAAAUCUGUAACCACUGUCUUGUGGAGGCGUGGUCAUAUUUGUAUGUGAGCACACAUUGGAAAACCAGGGCAGAAAUGAUUUAGUGAAGGUCUCACAGUGCUCAAUCUUGCACAAGCAGCAAAGGGGUAGGAUAAAGAGAGAAAUUUGCCAUAGACUUCAGUGCAUCUGCAGUAAAUGGCCAACAUUACCCCUGUAUAAACUCAGAUACCUGGAAGAUAGACACUGUCCUACUUUCUUUCAUACUGCCUGCACUUGUGUGCCACCUGCAUAGGAGGAUGGACUAAAACCUGUCAGCUCACUGAAAUAAUAUUCUUAGGAGCAAAACAUUGUUUGUCAAAGGCAUCACUCUAUAUAUCAUUUAACAUAAAGAAAUUUAAGGACCAAUUUUUAAUUGUUUGGCCUUGCUAUGGGUUUUGACAGAGUGGAGUAGCCUGGCUGCUUUGCCUGAGAUCCAGAGAAGAGUUAAAUGUUCCAGGAGCAGACUGGCUGUUUAACUGUUCUGCUGGCCCUCAUCAUCUCUGCAGAUCACAUCUCCGUGCCCCAGCAUUUCAUCCUUUGGCAGUGGCAAACAGUGCAGCCAAGUAUUAGCCUCCGGUACGUGGUGGACAUGAGGGUUGAGACAGUCUGAAUCAGACAGAAAUUAGAAUGGAAGUUGCAGAUCUAGAUGAACUUUCUGAAUUUUCUGCCUCGAUUGCAGAAAAAAUUGGCGGACAUACCUGAGUUAAAUUGUGGUUUGACAUAUUGAUUACUUCACUCCCUAAGGUGGAAUUAAGGGGAGAGUAUCUCUAUAUGUGAAAUCACAGAAAGAAUGCCCCAGAAAACAGACUUUCUUUGGUGUUUGCAAAUACAAUGUAAACAUCACUUGAAGAAGGGUUGGCAAGGGGAACUGCAAUGAAAGACUUCUAUGUAGAGAGAGUGUGAUCCUGCAGAAAGCAACUGCUGGAGUGAGCUUUGUGCCUACCCUAGCUGUAUUGCUCCAGAGGGACAUUCAUGGGAAACAGUCCUGUGUCCAGAACUUGGCCAGAAACAUCUAUUCAGGCCCAGCAAUGUCGGUGUAUUCCCACAGGAAACAGAGGAGCCUCCAGAACUACAGGGAAAUUGCUAAUCAUACUUCAUCUGAGUGAAGUCUGGCUGUAAAUUACGACUAAGCACAAUGGUAGUCAAGACUGCAUGUACCUUGGAUCCCAUCACUGUCACUACUCCAAGAGCAGCUGGGACAGACUCAUGUGGUGCUUUCUUCAAACUGAGUUUCUGAGCAACUUUGUAUUUCAUGCUGGGCAAGCUUAAAAUCACCUGUGGGAUUUUACAUGAGUUUGUGUUGACAGAUUAGUUCACUAGCAUGGGACUGCUUUGGAGGACUAACAGGCUUGAAGAAAUGCUGCCAGACUCCAGGCAAACAACUUUUGUUUUCUUUCUUACACAUAGGAGCCAUGUGUAUGAAAUAUAAAAGAAAUGUGUUUCCCAUGAAGACAACAGAGUUAGGAUGUGGAAAAUGGAAGAGUUCUGGUGUUCAAGGAUUCAUGUCAGGAAUAGAGCACAAGGUGCCAGAGUCUGGGGGCCUCAGAUUGCUAAAGAAGUAGGGGCGGGCAGCAGAUGGUCAUGCUGCUAAGGAAUAAGAUCUCUCUUAUGGAUCUUUGCACUCCAUUUAAAAAGGAUUCCCAUCUAUUAAGGAGAAGAGUAGAGGUACCUUCUUUAGCACUGGACCGAUAGAAUUUACCUUCAAAAUCCUACUCCUUGUGGGGCUGUAUUCACGAUUGCACCAAUGGGACUAUGCAAGUAAUCUUCUGAAGUCAUGACUAAAAAGAAGUUACUUUAACAUUAGAGCACUUGUAAAUGAGAGAAGAACAAUUUUCUAGGUGAGUAUUAGUGACAAUCAGGGUUGGACACUGACAAACCACACAAAGAAUCCAAUACAUUUAAUGUUUCAUGCCAUUUGUAGUUACCAGCAAAUCAGUAGUUUUUUAUUUUAAAUUUUCUUUAUCUUUUGAUUGCAUGGCACUGCAAUAUUUUUCAGGAAUUAAAAUAUGUUAGUUUAUGUUUCAUGUUCCAUAGUCCUCUUAAAACUUUUGACAGACAUCCAGCUAUGGAAAGGCAAGUAUUUCCUUCUGCCCAUACUUGAAUCAGGGAAACAAGGAUGCAGAGUCUCCAGACUGAGGGCUGGACACAGAGGCACCUGUAAUACACUUCAGCAGUGGAACUUACUGUGGAACACUGCACUUGCCAUACAAAUGUAUUCCACUGUGUUUUCCUCUGAUUUGUAGUAGAACAGCCAGAAAAAGCCACAGCAAAAGCAGUAAGAAAUCAUGAGAAACGGUAUCUUCAGUCAAGAUGUGAAAGGAGAUGGUAUACUGAUGAAGAAAAAAUACAGAAAUGUUGUCUUACAUCCUGAGGGCUGCAGCAGUAACAAGCCAAGUGUGAAAGAGCAGACAGAGCCAUGUUAUUAAAAAUCACAGGAAGUCCUGAUUGAAUGAAUGUUUAAGGAACAGUGCAGUGUGCGUAUGAAGUUCUCUGAGAUGUCUGAACUAGAGUCACUGAAGAACAAGCCUUUGAAAAUGAGCACCAGUGAGAACACUGAAGGAAGAAAGAAUAAUUGCACUGCACCAGCACGUUUUCUACAGAAACUGACUAAAAUGCAGAAUGAGCUUUAUCUUGCUUACACUGGAGCGCUGAGAAUUUAGCAACUGAGUUCAGUGACAGCAAAAGAAGAACCUGAUUACUCAAACAACAUGGUACCAAUAUAAUGCUUUUACAAUUUAUGCGUGUGCCAAUAUAAAAUACGGGGUCAGCGGGAGUGACUUCUGCAUGGGCUGCAGACACACGAGUGCAUAAUGGGUCCCUGACGUCUUCUUCUGCCCCAUGUCUGUCCCCACGAGGCUGCCCCUGCCUGGCCGUGUAUGAAUGAACAGAAGUGCCUUUCAUCCCCCACUUGCCUGGCGCUUCAAAAGGAAUUACAAAAAUAGCAGCCACAAAAAUCCAGCUGCCUGCCAAAAGGCCCGCACACGUCCCAUUCUCACAGGCAUGCAAAAGGUUGGAGAGCUCAGCAGAAUUUUUAUGUACGGGAGCAGGCCCAAGGAAAACUCACACGCCAUAACCAAUUGUGGACAGAGGAUCAUCUAUCAGCAGACAAAUGCAGGAACUCCAGAAUGUCUCUCCUCAAAUGAAAUAAUAUAUCUUUGAAAGCCAAUGCCCGUUUUAGGCCUGAGGCCCAUAUAUCAAGCCUGAGAGGCUUGUGGAUACGCUCCAGGGCCAUUAACCUUCCACCUGUUUCCCCUUGUCCUUCAGGAUGAGACCCUGCCCUUGAUUUUACUCCCUUCCCCUGUUCAUCUUCCGACAGAGUGUAAAUGUAAAGCAGAGGGCCUGCGAAAUAAUUCAAAGGCAAUGGACCAGGGACAUGGUUACAAAUCUCUGCCAGUGGCACUGUGACUUAUGCAGGCAGUUUGUCACACAUGAGCCAGGUGACCUCUGUGACAUAACAGAGAAAAAUAUCGCCCGAGAUCAAAAGAUGAGAUUCAGAGCACUCUAAGUAACUCUGGUGUACACAGCCACGCUCUACAGUGGCCAAAGGUUUUCUCUCCUCCCAGUGCUGCUCGUUCCACUCAAUAGCGGGCGAGACACACUGCUGCUAAUUUCACUACAGACAAUUUCUGUUGGGAAAAGUGCCAUAUAGUAUCGACAGUGACAACAAAUUGUAUUGUCCGCUGAACAUCUGUUUCCGACUCCCACACUGAUAUUGCAGGUUGGCUACUUCUGAUUUAGUCUUCACAGGCUGCCCAACCACAGAGGAACUGGAAAUUACUGAGAAAGGAGAGCAAGAAAUUCCACUGAACUCCUGUUAACACUAAUUAGAGUUGCCAGCAUGCAGCAGAAUCAAAGGAAAAACAUGUGGAGCUCCCACUGAAGUCAAGAGGAGAAGGAAACGGUGCACAAAGAUUUUGAGGGCUUGUCACUGAAACCACUGACUGACUGAAGCAAAAGAUCAGUGGAGCCCAAAGCCACACAUAAUUGCAGUUACUGCUGCCUAUGUAGUGGCCAUGGCUCUAGCACAAUUUCCAAGAAAGAGAAAGGAAAAGAAGAUAAAGUAGAUAACAAACAAGGAAUUUAGAAAUAAUGUGGCAAAUGAAACUUAAAUACUUGACAGAGGCAGCUUUACAGAAGAAAACAGAAAACUGGCAAAUGCUGUAUUCAUGUCCUGUGGAGCAAUCUGAAAUAGCUGCUUUUGCUACCUUGAUCAGAAGAACCUGAAAUCGUGGAUGGAUAGAAGAGAACUGCAUUCAAGAAAGAAUGUGGACUUCAUUCCCCAGUCUUACUCUGAAGAAAAAAGAGCUACAAAGAAUAAUGACCCAUGAACUCUGAAGAGGCACACAGUUGUUUCAUGUUUGCUUACAUUAUUCUGAAAUAUUUUGCAUCUUCACCUUCUAAAUUGGCUGAAGAGGCAUUGUCCAGCCCUCUGGGAAGGCAGAAGUGACUGCUUAUACCACUGAUUUGUAAGAGUAAGGGAAGCUGAACAGACACGUAGAGAUGGAUGGGUGAAGUGAAGUAGAAUAUUACUGAAUGAUCUUCAACCUUGAAUGAGGAAAAUGAGAUACAGGAUGCCUAAUGUUUCAUUGACAUCCAUGAAAAGAGACAUGAAAACAUCCAAACCUCUCUCAGUGGAAGAAAGUUAAGGGGACCACAUGCAAAACCACAGCUCCAGUGAGAAUGGUGACCCUGGCAGGACAACAGGGAUCCCAUCCAUGCACCUCUCCUUGUGUGGCCACAGGGAGAGGCUGUGCCUGGUGCAUCAAGAAGAAAAUAAUAUCUGAGGCUGAUCCCUUUGAACUGCUGAAACCUGAUGACUUGCAAUCAAUAGUCUGUGAAACGAUAAGGUCAGCAGUGAGAAGAUUCAGAUUUUCUGCCUCUAAACGCAGACUGGAACACUGAGAGUGAGAUGGUUCACUGCAGGGAGCACCUGAGAGGCCUUCAAAGGAGCUGCAGGGCUGGAGAAGAGCAGCUCAGAGCACUCUGCCUUGCUCACAUCACCACAACAGCUACAGAGGGAAAACACUCCUGACAUGGCAUUCCCUUGGCUGCGUCCUCGGCCACUGUGUGAUGGGCAGGAAGAGCAGGAGGUGACACUGGUGAUUUCAGGCUUUAACACCCAGCUCUGUGAGGCCAGCUUCCAACAGAUGAGAAUUGCUGAAACUGUGGGGAACCAGGCUCGGCAGUUCAGGGACUGCCUUCUGGCUGGAUGGACCUGCACGUUCUGACUGUGACAAGGAAAUGAAAAAGGAGAACUCGUUCCCCAUCUGUGACACCAAGACAUGUGCUAAUGACUCCAUCCUGUAAGUGGCCCCUCAUCAGUUCAGAGCUACACUUCCCACAAGAGCCAGAUCCUUGAUUUGGCUACCCGUUUCCACUGGCCAGCUCAACAAACUGCUCAGUGCAGCAGUAAUCAGUGAAGUGUGAGAUUUUCUGUGCAAAACCAUCACUGCUGACCGUGUGCCUGCUGCUGGGUACCCCCUGCCCAGCAGCCAGUGAGCAGCUCUGUUGGCCACACAGACAGAGCUGUGGGCAGCAGCAGCAGUGGUUUGGCAGGCUGGUGACCUCCUUAUCUGAAAUCUGUGUUGCUUGGGACUGCUGUGAUACAGAUAAUCCUCUGACUUAAUUUAGAGCUGCUCAACAGGCAAGAAUCUGUUUCAGUUCCAUGAAAGAGAGAGUUCUUUCAUAAAGAUGGUACAACAAUAAGAAGUGUGGUAUUUUUUGACUUCUAUUCUGGUUAUGCUCACAUGCUUGUCCAGCGUGCCCACGGGUCAUAUAGCUCAUGACUAAGUUCCUUUUCUUUCCUACAUGAUGAGUCUGUAACCAGAGAAUCUACAUGCAGGCAAUCCUACAUGAGACAGAGCCAGCAGGAGACAAAAUGAGGCAAAGAGGAUUGCAUCUGACAGAGCUGUUUAAAUAAAUUGUUAAUUUUCUUAGAAUACCAGGGGACCUGUCUGUAGCAAAAUCUCCAUAGCUUGUAAUCUUAUGAGCCAUCUGUCUCCAUGUAUACUGGAGAAGGCUGUGGACUUGGGAGGAUGAUGAAAUAUUGGGAUGUAAAUAUUGAGGGGGUGGGAGAUUAUUCCAAUAUGUAAUCUUGCAUCUCACAAGAUGAUGGGCUCCCCGGCCUCCUACUGUGCUAUAGGAAUACAGGGCACUCAAAAUUUUCAUGGUUUGAGCUCUGAAAUGCACACAUUUAGCAAAUUUGGUAAAUUUUACUAUUAGUUGGGUGAGUAUGCCAGAGUUUUAUUUUUCUUUUAAACAGAUAAUCUAUCCACGAAAAAGAAAAAUGUUAUAUUAGCAUUAUAUGUUGUAAAUAACAAUCCAAAACAUAGAAAAAAAAGUCCAUUCAAUUUAUAUACCUUUAAGACCUAUUAGAAACCAAUGUUUUCAUUCAGCUUUGCAAAGGAUAAGUACUAACUAGCAAAGUAAACUAGUAAAGUACUAGCUUGCCAAGUACUAACUAAUACUUGUUCAUUGUUUUAUAGGAGAUUUGUGUCUUGGAGGAAAAGAGCUCAUAAGUUCUUAAUGGUUUAGGGAAUAUAUUACAUUUGUUUUCUAAAAUUAAUAAACUCGUUAUGUAUUGGU